AUGAUUGUGUUGAAUGCUGAGCUAAAGUCAAUAAACAGCACUUGUACAUACGUGUCCUUGUUGUCCAGGUUCAAGAAAGCCCUGCACUGUCCACCCUGCCAGAGCAUCCACUGUUCCCCUUGCAGAGUGCAACACUGUAAGCACAGUGUUAGUACAGGCAUUUGUGUUUGCUGCUCUUCAUGUUCAAAACAAGCUGGGGAAAACUGUGGAGGAACAUAGGAAUACCUGGGGAAGUGUGAUGCUUGGUGUGUGUGUGUAUACCAGGAAGCUACUGAGGGCAAAUAUGAAGCAGAGCAUAAAGGGAUUUGCAAGUCAGUACUCAAAGUUCAUGAAAGUGACACUUGUCAUCCAGACUGUACAUGGGUCUGUCAUGCAAACCCAAAUGAAAUCUGCUCAGCCAAAUCAUUGCAGGUCAUUGAAAAGCAUGAAUGUGGAGGUUUCUGUCAACACACCAGCUGCUCCAGCUGUUUGGUUCUCAGGCGUCCUGUGUGUUCACAGGCUUUUGCUCAAAUGGACCAUGUAUGCCUCCUUCAUUUUGGGAGGUGUGUGCACCGCCACCUAAAGGCACACACACAGGUGGUCUGCAACCAGAACCUACAGGGUUUGUGUGAUGUCCUGUUACUGACCUACCCACGUUCUGACUGAGUUUGCCUUGUCCCGUUCUCACUGUGAUUAGCUCACUGUAUUAUACAUGUAAAUAUAUGUACAUGUUUGUUUUGUUCACUGGUAGUAGGGGGGUUUCUGUCCUGGUUUUGGUGAGGGGGUGAGGAGAGUGUUUUGUCUUUCUUUUGGGUUUGUUUGUAGGUGAUUUGUGUUUGUUAAAAGAGUGUUUUUGUUUAUUAUUUUGGCCUUGGUCCACCAUGAAGUUCGGUGGUACAUUGUACAUUUUAAAAUAUACCUUCCGUUUUAGGACA